AUGCUCAGCUACCCGGCCUUAAAACACUGGUUGAAACCAAGUUCAUUCAUCUACCCAGAAUCGGCCUUUUCAUGCUCAAGAUCUACGGCUCAAGUUCAGAAGAAAGGUCUUCAAUUUGCAUCUCAGAGUGGAAAGAGUAAUGGUCCAAACAUGCGGGAUCUCCGUGAAAGGCUAUCAGGAACAAUGACAAUCAAAAGGCCAGCUGACGCAGCUCCUAAAAAGUCUCGGAAGGCUGAAGAAGUUUAUAUGACAGCUCUCAAUCAUAGGACUGACGAAGAUCUCAAGUCUAUGAUGGGCAGACCAAUAGUACGCAUUGAGCUUGUCUUGGAAUAUUGUACUUUUCAUAAAAGUUUCCAUUGCAUGUUGAGGGAGCUGAGUCAUGAUAGAUUUAAAGCAUUAUUUAGAAAUCCCGCAAAAGUCAAUGAGCCUGUGAAAACCGCUAUCUCUUCCAAAAGGAAAUAUGCUUAA